GAUGAGUAAAUCUCUGCACUGUCACCCUUAACAUCGCCCCGCCAACCUUCUCUGUUCAAACCAAGCUCCAUGGCUGGUAAGACUCUCUGUGAUAUUAGGUUUAUGAAUGUUGACACAAAUGGAAACUUGAAACCUUGAAUUUCUAGGCAACAAUAAGAGAUCGACCGACCGUCGUGAUUCGCUUAAACAGCAACAUUCGCACCAACAUCAACGCAAACCCAUCGCAGGUCGUCCAUCCAAAGACAGCCGAAACACUAAAUCUCCCGCUUCACCUGCCUCUCCCGCCUCCACAGCUCCAUCAGCCAAUACACCCACGACACCCUCAUCGGCUACCCACCGUAUGGGCAUCAAUGGCUUUAAUACCUCGGAUGUACAAGGGUUUUUAAACGGACGAUUUGCGGACAUGAUCAAGGUGAUGCAAGAUCCGAAUGUAGAUGCUUCAUCUCGACCUGAGAAAUAUGAAAGCCAGGAAAAGGCGUGGGGAUCCAAAGGUGGAUUGCCAUCUGUAUGGGGACAGAAAAAUGGUGCGAUGGCCUCAGGGGCUGAUUUUUUGAGCGAACUUGUUCAACGAGCAAAAUAAACGAUACUACAAU